UAUGAAGAAGGAAGUCGUUUCUAAAUAGUGGAGACAGCUGGCUUAUUAUACAUAACUCCACUCUACAAGCGACUCUACGCUAUGUUACUACGUUUGAUAUUUUCUUCCAGUUUAUAGUUUUUAUCGUUUGUUUCCACAAAACAAUUUAUUUUAUGGUAACUAACGUUAUCUUCAACAUAAGAAAUAGCCAACAACUUAUUUUCACGUUUUAUGUACAUUUGGUAACGGGUGAACGGUGUUAAUAUCCUUUUUUAAUCAGUCUGUACUGUACUGUACUGUACAUGAUAAUGUCCACGCAUGAUGAUUCUUCGAGUGUACCACCACUUGCAAAAGGAGACAGUUUAUAUCAACAAGUCCUUGCUUCAUUCCCACUCUGUGAACUGACAGAAGAAGACUUGACCCAGAAUCCUCUAUUCUGCAAACUGCUGGCAACGAUGUCACAACAUGUGGAUCAUACCGGCCUUACUGUCACCCUGAAAAGAGAGUUGGAGAAGGCUGAGGUGGACCUGCAGACACAGAAGCUUGGCUGGCUGCGAUCAGAGAGCCUGUACAGGUUACUGCAGGAGAUGAUCCAGGAGCACUGUAUCAGAAAGCAUCACUCCACUGUGCCCCUGGAGGAUGAAACGUUCUAUGAGACUCUGGAACAGUGUCUUGUGGUGGCCCAGUGUGUCAGGCAGCUGGAUCCUAGCAUCUCCACCAGCCAGGACCAACCACCUGUUCUUGGACUAAGUGCCCAAGAGAUACUGGAGCUGAUGCCACAUGAGCAGGAUGUGUCGAAAAUGAAACAAAGACUGCCCAGAGAACUACAAAAACAUCUCAAGAAAAAGUGUUUCAGUCUCCUCUCAUACUUUCAGCCUGAAUGGGAGGAUGAGAGUGAAGGUCUAAAAAACAUGAAGCUGUCUCGCCUGUCUGGCCUCCUGGAGAGUCAAAGGAAAAGAGCAGAGAGUCUGAAGGAGAAGAGCCACGAGAACGCCGCCCUGCUUCAAAGGCAGACUCACUGCUACCUCUCUGAGAUGUUAGGUUGCAUCCAGAUUCUCCAGUCUCUCAUCCUGGACCACAGGCUGAAAGCCCAGAAAGACCUAGAUAGGAAAAAGAUUGACUACUUUGAGGCCAAAUGUGAGAUCAUCAUACAGAAGAUCAGAGCCGAGAUGUUAGAAAUCCAGUUGGACACCUACACAGCAGACACAAUAUCAGCCCACAGAAAAAUAAGGGAGACACUAGAAACAGAGCUGAAGGCCUCCCAGAUAGAGAAGCAGUCUGUGGAGUCCAAACUGUUGUCCUUUGAGAUCUUUGGCAAGGAAUUUGAAGCUCUGGCUGAGGAAUAUUCCAGGCUACGUCAGGAGAUUGAUACCAAGAGUUGGGCGCUAAAAGAGUUUUCUCAACACAUAGACUAACUUCUGCUGCGUUAUUGUAACAGUUGAGUCUUGUCCAAAUGUUUCCAUCAUAACUGCUCGCUCCUUUAAUUGCAACUCCAUAUCUUACAAACUCCAUAAUGGUUUUUUUCUUGUAAUAAAAUGCAUGAGUAGCCGUCA